AUGCUGGUUAUUCGUGGCCUGCAGGCUGAGGAGGGGCAGGGAUAUGGUGAGCGCAAGAUCCCUAUCCGUGGUCUCGACGAAUUCAGAGAGAAAGUAACGACCCUAGAGACAGUGGAAAGUGAUAGGUGGCUGGAUGGCGAUGUUUCCUAUAGUAGAUCAAGUGGCCCAGGUGGCCAGAAUGUGAACAAGGUAAACUCGAAAGUAACGCUUAAAAUUCCUCUCUCCACCAUUCUGCGACUUGUGCCUCGAGCCCUACACGCCCAGAUCCGAUCUUCGCGCUACAUCGCGGAACGCUCUGACAGCUUGGUGAUACAAUCGGACGAAACACGGAAGCAGACAAAAAACCUCGAUCUCUGUUUUGAAAAGCUCCGGGAGCUCCUGCUCACAGCUGGAAAAAUGGCCAUCCCGGGCGAAACGUCGCCUGAACAGAGGAAGAAAGUACAGGCUCUUGAAAAGGCCAAUAAUGAAUCUAGAAUACGAUCUAAAAAAGCCCGUAGCAUGAAGAAAAGCAGCCGGAGGUCAAGCGGCUACGAUGAUUAG